GGAGCAGGUGACAACUUCACAACCCACACCUAUCGAUGUGGUGGUGCACAGUGGCAUUGGAUGUUUGCACCUGUUGGCCAAUGCUGGACUCUCACCAGGGUGAGGUGGUGGGGUUCAUGGGCAGAGAAUGAGAAUGUGAGUCCCAGUUUCACU